AUGACACAGAGCCCCCUCCACCUCAGUCUUGUGCUGGUGGCCGUCUUUGCUGUGCUCCCAGGUUGUAACAUGGAGACGAUGGACAAGGUGUGGGGACAUGUGGGACAAGCAAGAGUGGUCCUGCCGUGUGAGUCCAGAAAAAAUGAGGCGAUCACUAACCAGCAGUGGGAAAAGCAGGCGCCUGUCAAUGCCGUCAAUAACUCCAAACUUGUGGUGCAUGAUGUAACAAGUGGGCAGACAAAUACAUUUGAACCAUACAAAGACAAACUGGAGUGGAGUAAUUAUUCCCUGGUUAUCAAAAAUGUGAAUGUAGAAGAUUCCGGAGUGUACAUCUGCACUCUCAACAUAUUUCCCAGUGGAAAAUACCAACAAACAACCAGUCUAGAAGUUAAUGACCAGAUGCCAUUAUCAGCGGGAGUGGUGUCUGCGACAGUGAUCAGCGUCUUACUGCUGCUGGGAAUCAUCAGCGCCACACUUUACUUCGCUGUCAUCAGACGAAGUCCAUCUUCCUCCAGGAACCUCAUCUUGAUCGACACUCAAAACGCUGUCAGAGAUCCAUCACGACCAUCACUUCUGAAAAGAGAAGACACGGUCUAUGAGCAAGUGGAGGGGGAGCCGUCCAAUCAGAGCCCUGCAAGAAUGUCAGAGGAUCAUGUGACAUACGCAAAGGUGAAGAGGGCCAGGCACGAUGGUGACGUACUGUACUCUCAAGUCAUGAGAAUAUAA